CAGGUCCCCAAUUCUAAAACACAAUGUCGCAAAGAGAUGCAGAUAAGUACCUUUAUGUGGACAAAAACAUCAUUAAUAACCCCCUGACUCAGGCUGACUGGGCAGCUAAGAAGCUGGUAUGGGUUCCCUCAGAGAAGAAUGGGUUUGAGGCGGCUAGCCUGAAGGAAGAAGUAGGAGAUGAGGCCAUCGUGGAACUGGCAGAGAAUGGGAAGAAAGUGAAAGUCAAUAAGGAUGACAUCCAGAAGAUGAACCCCCCCAAAUUCUCUAAAGUGGAGGAUAUGGCGGAGCUGACGUGCCUGAAUGAGGCUUCUGUGCUUCACAACUUGAAGGAGAGAUACUACUCAGGACUGAUCUAUACAUACUCAGGCCUGUUCUGUGUGGUAAUCAAUCCUUACAAGAACCUGCCCAUAUACUCGGAAGAAAUAGUGGAGAUGUACAAAGGCAAAAAGAGACAUGAGAUGCCCCCUCAUAUCUAUGCCAUCACAGACACAGCCUACAGGAGUAUGAUGCAAGAUCGAGAGGAUCAGUCCAUCCUUUGCACAGGUGAAUCGGGAGCUGGUAAGACAGAGAACACCAAGAAGGUCAUUCAGUAUCUGGCUCAUGUUGCUUCUUCACACAAGUCUAAAAAAGACCAGGGAUCAUCUCCUAAGGGAGAACUGGAGAGACAGUUGCUCCAGGCUAAUCCCAUCCUGGAGGCCUUUGGAAAUGCCAAGACAGUAAAGAAUGACAACUCCUCAAGAUUUGGCAAGUUCAUCAGAAUCAACUUUGAUGUCAACGGCUACAUUGUUGGAGCCAAUAUUGAGACCUAUCUGCUGGAGAAGUCACGUGCAAUUCGUCAAGCCAAAGAGGAGAGAACCUUCCACAUCUUUUACUACCUGCUAUCUGGGGCAGGGGAGCAUUUGAAAACUGAUCUGCUGCUGGAGCCUUACAACAAAUAUCGCUUCCUUUCCAAUGGGCAUGUUACGAUCCCGGGUCAGCAAGACAAAGAUAUGUUUCAAGAGACCAUGGAGGCAAUGAAGAUAAUGGGCAUCCCAGAUGAGGAGCAGAUAGGUCUACUGAAGGUUAUCUCAGGUGUUCUUCAACUUGGCAACAUAGUCUUCAAGAAGGAGCGUAAUACAGACCAAGCCUCUAUGCCAGACAAUACAGCUGCUCAGAAAGUGUCUCACCUCUUGGGUAUCAAUGUGACAGAUUUCACUAGAGGUAUCCUGACUCCUCGCAUCAAAGUUGGGCGAGAUUACGUCCAGAAAGCUCAGACCAAAGAGCAGGCUGACUUUGCCAUUGAAGCACUGGCUAAAGCCACUUAUGAACGUAUGUUCCGGUGGCUUGUUAUGCGUAUCAACAAGGCAUUAGAUAAGACCAAGCGACAGGGCGCGUCCUUCAUUGGAAUCCUUGACAUUGCUGGCUUUGAGAUUUUUGAGCUGAACUCCUUUGAGCAGUUGUGUAUUAACUACACAAACGAAAAGUUGCAGCAGCUCUUUAAUCACACCAUGUUCAUUCUGGAGCAAGAGGAGUACCAGCGGGAAGGCAUAGAGUGGAAUUUCAUUGACUUUGGCCUGGAUCUGCAGCCCUGCAUUGACCUCAUAGAGAAGCCGGCUGGGCCUCCUGGUAUACUGGCCCUGCUGGAUGAAGAGUGCUGGUUCCCAAAAGCAACAGACAAAAGCUUUGUGGAAAAAGUUGUACAAGAACAAGGCACCCACCCCAAAUUUCAGAAGCCAAAACAGCUGAAAGACAAAGCUGACUUCUGUAUCAUACAUUAUGCUGGCAAGGUGGAUUAUAAAGCAGAUGAAUGGCUGAUGAAGAACAUGGAUCCUCUGAAUGAUAACAUUGCUACUCUUCUCCACCAGUCAUCGGAUAAGUUUGUGUCUGAGCUGUGGAAAGAUGAGAUGCAGAACGUUCAGAGAGCCUAUUUCUAUCAACACUUUCCUAUUCUUCAUCUAGAACCAGUUGACCGUAUUGUUGGUCUGGAUCAAGUAGCUGGUAUGUCAGAUACAGCAUUGCCAGGGGCCUUUAAAACCAGGAAGGGUAUGUUCCGAACAGUGGGACAGCUCUAUAAAGAACAGCUGGCUAAACUGAUGGCUACCUUGAGGAACACCAACCCCAACUUCGUCCGUUGUAUUAUCCCCAACCAUGAGAAAAAGGCUGGAAAACUAGAUCCCCACUUAGUCCUCGACCAGCUUCGCUGUAAUGGAGUGCUGGAGGGAAUCCGUAUUUGUCGUCAGGGUUUCCCCAACAGAGUUGUAUUCCAGGAAUUCAGACAAAGAUAUGAAAUCCUAACUCCAAAUGCAAUUCCCAAAGGAUUUAUGGAUGGAAAGCAGGCUUGUGUGCUGAUGAUCAAAGCAUUGGAGCUGGAUUCCAACCUUUAUCGAAUUGGACAGAGUAAAGUGUUUUUCAGAGCUGGGGUCCUUGCUCAUCUUGAAGAAGAGAGAGACCUGAAGAUCACAGAUGUCAUUAUUGGCUUCCAAGCAUGCUGCAGAGGCUACCUGGCCAGAAAAGCCUUUGCCAAGCGCCAGCAGCAAUUGACAGCCAUGAAAGUGCUUCAGAGGAACUGUGCUGCCUAUUUGAAACUGCGGAACUGGCAAUGGUGGAGGUUGUUCACCAAGGUGAAGCCCCUUCUGCAAGUAAGCAGACAGGAAGAGGAGAUGAUGGCCAAAGAAGAAGAACUAAUAAAGGUCAGGGAGAAGCAACUAGCUGCAGAAAAUAGACUGAGUGAGAUGGAGACCUUCCAGGCCCAGCUAAUGGCAGAGAAGAUGCAGCUGCAGGAACAGUUGCAAGCAGAAACUGAACUCUGUGCUGAAGCUGAGGAGAUAAGAGCCCGCCUGACAGCCAAGAAACAAGAACUGGAGGAGAUAUGUCAUGACCUGGAAGCAAGGGUGGAGGAAGAGGAAGAACGGUGUCAACAUCUGCAGGCUGAGAAGAAGAAAAUGCAGCAGAACAUCCAGGAACUAGAGGAGCAGCUUGAAGAAGAGGAAAGCGCAAGGCAGAAGUUGCAGCUAGAAAAAGUGACCACAGAGGCCAAAUUGAAGAAACUGGAAGAAGAUGUGAUAGUUCUGGAAGAUCAGAAUCUCAAACUGGCUAAGGAAAAGAAACUGUUGGAAGACAGAAUGUCUGAAUUUACAACCAACCUGACAGAGGAAGAAGAGAAAUCUAAAAGUUUAGCCAAACUCAAGAAUAAGCAUGAGGCCAUGAUCACAGACCUUGAAGAACGUCUGCGACGUGAGGAAAAGCAGAGGCAAGAGUUGGAAAAGACUCGUCGAAAGCUUGAAGGGGACUCCAGUGAUCUGCAUGACCAGAUUGCUGAGCUGCAGGCUCAGAUUGCAGAACUCAAAAUGCAACUGGCCAAGAAGGAAGAAGAGCUACAGGCAGCCUUAGCUAGGGUGGAAGAAGAGGCAGCUCAAAAGAACAUGGCCCUGAAAAAGAUCAGGGAACUUGAAUCCCAGAUCACUGAGCUGCAGGAAGACCUGGAGUCAGAGAGAGCGUUCAGGAAUAAAGCCGAAAAACAGAAGCGGGAUCUGGGAGAAGAGCUGGAAGCAUUGAAAACAGAGCUAGAAGACACGCUAGAUUCUACAGCUGCUCAGCAAGAGCUCAGGUCAAAGAGAGAACAAGAAGUAACGGUUUUGAAGAAGACCCUUGAAGAUGAGGCAAAGAGUCAUGAGGCUCAAAUCCAAGAGAUGAGGCAGAAACAUUCACAAGCUAUUGAAGAGCUGGCAGAGCAGUUAGAACAAACCAAGCGGGUGAAAGCAAAUCUUGAAAAGGCAAAACAAGCUCUGGAAAGUGAGAGGGCUGAAUUGUCCAAUGAGGUGAAGGCCCUUCUGCAGGGUAAAGGAGAUGCUGAGCACAAGCGGAAAAAAGUAGAUGCUCAGCUCCAAGAACUGCAGGUGAAAUUUACAGAAGGAGAAAGAGUGAAGACUGAAUUGGCUGAGAGGGUUAACAAGUUGCAGGUCGAGUUGGACAAUGUCACAGGUCUUUUGAACCAGUCUGAGAGCAAAUCAAUCAAACUAGUAAAGGACUUUUCUGCUCUGGAAUCACAGCUUCAGGAUACACAGGAGCUGCUGCAGGAGGAGACUCGCCUAAAACUGAGCCUGAGCACUAAGCUGAAGCAGUUGGAGGAUGAGAAGAAUAGUUUGAAAGAGCAACUGGAAGAAGAAGAGGAGACAAAGAGAAACCUGGAGAAACAGAUCUCUGUUCUUCAGCAACAGGCAAUAGAUGCAAAGAAGAAGAUGGAUGAUGGUCUGGGCUGCCUUGAGUCAGCAGAGGAAGCCAGAAAGAAGCUGCAGAAGGACUUGGAGGGCUUGAGCCAGCGAUAUGAAGAGAAGACAGCUGCGUAUGACAAACUGGAAAAAACAAAGACCCGUCUGCAGCAAGAGCUGGAUGACCUCACUGUGGACCUGGAUCAUCAGCGUCAGAUCGUUUCCAACCUAGAGAAGAAGCAGAAGAAGUUUGAUCAGCUGUUAGCGGAGGAGAAGAACAUCUCUGCCAAGUAUGCAGAAGAACGGGACCGAGCUGAGGCAGAAGCUCGUGAGAAGGAGACUAAGGCUCUCUCCCUGGCCAGAGCCCUGGAAGAAGCCAUAGAGCAGAAAGCUGAGCUGGAACGUAUCAAUAAGCAGUUCCGCACAGAGAUGGAAGACCUGAUGAGUUCAAAGGAUGAUGUUGGGAAAAGUGUCCAUGAGCUGGAGAAGGCUAAGCGAGCCCUGGAGCAGCAGGUGGAGGAGAUGAAGACACAGCUGGAAGAGCUGGAGGAUGAACUGCAGGCCACAGAGGAUGCCAAGCUGCGGCUAGAAGUGAACCAACAGGCCAUGAAGGCACAGUUUGACCGGGACCUCCAGGGACGCGAUGAACAGAAUGAAGAGAAGAAGAAACAGCUGAUUAGACAAGUGCGGGAGAUGGAGGUGGAAUUGGAAGAUGAACGAAAACAGCGCUCUAUUGCUGUGGCUGCCAGGAAGAAGCUAGAGAUGGACCUAAAGGAUUUGGAAAGCCAUAUAGACACUGCUAACAAGAAUCGUGAAGAAGCCAUCAAGCAGCUCCGCAAACUGCAGGCCCAGAUGAAGGAUUACAUGCGGGAACUGGAGGACACACGUACUUCCAGAGAAGAGAUCUUGGCACAGGCCAAAGAAAAUGAGAAGAAGUUGAAGAGCAUGGAGGCAGAGAUGAUCCAAUUGCAAGAGGAACUUGCAGCUGCUGAGCGUGCCAAGCGCCAAGCCCAGCAAGAAAGGGAUGAGCUGGCUGAUGAGAUUGCCAACAACAGUGGUAAAGGAGCACUGGCCAUGGAGGAAAAGAGACGCCUGGAGGCCCGGAUAGCGCAGCUGGAGGAGGAGUUAGAAGAAGAACAGGGCAACACAGAGAUAAUCAAUGACCGGCUCAAGAAGGCAAAUCUUCAGAUUGAUCAGAUGAAUGCUGACCUGAAUGCUGAGCGUAGCAAUGCACAGAAGAAUGAGAACGCUCGCCAGCAGAUGGAGCGCCAGAACAAGGAGCUUAAGCUUAAACUGCAGGAGAUGGAAAGUGCAGUGAAGUCCAAGUACAAAGCUACCAUCACGGCCUUGGAAGCAAAGAUAGCCCAGCUGGAAGAGCAGUUGGACAUGGAGACAAAGGAGCGCCAGGCUGCCAGCAAGCAGGUGCGCCGUGCGGAGAAGAAGCUGAAAGAUAUCUUGCUGCAGGUGGAUGAUGAGAGGCGUAAUGCUGAGCAAUUCAAAGAUCAGGCGGACAAGGCGAAUAUGCGCUUGAAGCAGCUGAAACGCCAGCUUGAGGAAGCAGAAGAGGAGGCCCAGCGAGCCAAUGCAUCCCGUAGGAAGCUCCAGCGUGAGCUGGAGGAUGCCACUGAAACAGCUGAUGCAAUGAAUAGAGAAGUCAGCUCCCUGAAGAGCAAACUCAGGCGCGGGGACCUGCCGUUCGUUGUGACACGUCGAAUUGUCAGGAAGGGCACAGGAGAGUGCUCCGAUGAGGAAGUGGACGGCAAGGCAGAUGCUGGUGAUGCCAAAGCUACUGAAUAAGUCCUCCCAUUUGACCCAGGUUACAUGUGAUGGAGUGACCCAUCCACCCUCCCCUCUUCCAUUGGACUUUCAGCAAACCCUCUCCUCCUGAACUGGCUGGGGAUCUGCAGAGCAAGCCCAGCUCUGUGUAUCUGGAGCCAUCGGGCAUCUGUGUUCUUAGUUUCUUCCUCUUUCUAGUUUCCUAAUCCUCUUCGUAUUUAAUGCCAAAGAGUUGGGGCUCUGAAAUCUGACCAGCAGUUUGGCCACUACAAAGGCCUGUAGAACUGUCUGUGCCAUGUCUGCUGGUGAAUCCUUACACAGUUUGGAGGGAGUCGGGUUAGAGAAAGAUUAUUGUUGCUGUAAAUCUCCUUUUGUCUUUGAUUCUAGCUGCAGGGAAGCUCCUUCCUGUAUCCUUUCCCCUCCCUCUUUGUUUGCUUUCGGCAAUCAUGUUCAGUGACCUCAGACUUCUGCCUCUUUUAAUCUGCCCACCCACAUGGUUUGGGAGCAGUUUCAGGAAAAACGGUGUGCUUUGGCCAUAGCAAUUUGCCCUUUUUUCUUUCAUACAUUUCCAGGGAGGGGUGAAGAGGGAAGCUCCUCUUGGGACCAGUUACCUGGAGGACUUGCCAAAGGUUGUCUUUUUUUUUUUUUUUUUUUUUUUCCUCCCCCCUCCUCCCCACCUUCUCAUUUUUACUGUCUGGACAGAUCUCUGAAGUGCAAUGAUGUCCUGUUAGUGUCUCUGCCUCUGAGCGGUUUCAUCUAAGGUAGCGUGGACCAGUAGUUAAUGGCAGGCUGGGGAAGCAGAACAGUGUCCUUGUGCUUGUCUGAGAAUCUCUGGGGGACCAAAUAUAUUUAAAGGUAAUAGACAGAAUCUAGGGGAAUUUAAUAGGGUAGUGGGCAGAGGGUGGGGAUAAGGGGAGGGAAAUCCUUCUUUUAUUGACGUGUCCAAGCCUCUUGCACCUGCUCUGUAACCAGGGGUUGGGAUUAGUUAUUGUGCACCAUUGACUAAGAGUAUAUUAAAAACCCUUUAAUCUGCACAGAUAUAUGUAAGGCCUUUGUAUCUCUCGUAAUAAGUAAUUAAGAAAAAAAUAAAGGUCUUUAUCACUGCCUUUCUAUUGGGACCAUGGUUAUAUAUAGAUAGUCUUUACUUUUCUACACCGUACACUGGUUGCUGGAUUUACCUGUAUUCUUAACCAUAUUGUAUAUGCUGCAUUUAGACCUACUUAUGAGCGAAGUAAAAAUAAUUAAAUACAAAGCGCCAUACUGUCUGCCUGAAGCGCUCUGAGUGCAGGAGCCUCGUGUCCCAAUUGCUGUCACAAAAAAAAAUUAAUUUUUUUUUUUUUUUAUAUAAUAAAAGUGCCUUAGCAUGUGCCUCAGCUGUGUGUCACCACUACAGUCAGUAAUGGUUUACUGGUGCUCCACUGAUGUUACCAAUAAAGAUUAUCCAUGUGCUGCA